UCUUAACAUUAUACAAAUUUAGAUUAAAAAUCAAGGGGACAACAGUACAAUUCCCAUGUUUUACUAUGCUAAACACCGAAUAGAAGUCAUUGUAUGCUUUACCCAGGAAAGUGAAUCCAAAAUGUAAUUAAAAAAAGUAUAAUUCUUGGUUCAUAUUCCGAAAAUCAUCCUUGAUUUCAGUAAAGCUAAAAAGUAGUGAGCAUUUUGUGCCCAAUAGCUUGUACUAUUUCCACACUGUGGCCGUGAAAUAGUAAAACACAGGUGCAAAAAAAACCAAGUCAUUGGGUAAACACGUCAAGGACAGUGUGUCAUUAAUCAUACAUGAGACAGGCCAGAGGGUGUGGAUGCACCCUCUGCAAAUCAUGAACUAGAUAAACAAUCUGGACAACUUAUAUAAAGGACAACUGGAGCAAGCUAACUCUACCUGCAUCACCAUGUGGACCAUACUCAUCCUUGUGAGCAUUGCAGCUGUAUCUGCCGAACCUAAAGCCUUUCAUGGGGAGAAAGUUUUCCGAGUAUUUCCACAAGACAACAAGGAUGUAGAAGUCAUCAAAAGCUUGGCUGACAAUGCAAAACUCGACUUCUGGUCUCCAGACUCUGUUGAUCUUGUUCAACCUGGCAAAUUUGCUGACUUUCGUGCUGAAAGUCAGGUUGCUUAUGAUAUUCAGGCUCUCCUUGAACAAAGUGAAAUUCCCUUUGAAAUUCUGAUCAAUGACCUCCAGGAUACCCUGGAGAAACAGCGUGAUAGUACUUCCCGUGCUGUGCACAGCUAUGAAAAGUACAACGAUCUUGAUACAAUCAAUGCUUGGUCUGCUAACAUUGCUGCUCAGUACCCAUCUCUGGUGUCCCGUUCUCAGCUUGGAACCUCAUAUGAGGGACGCCCCAUUUAUUUACUCAAGGUUGGAAGUAGUGGAGCAAACAAGAAGGCAGUCUUCAUUGACUGUGGAUUCCAUGCAAGAGAAUGGGUCUCCCCUGCUUUCUGCCAGUGGUUUGUGAAGGAAGCUGUUAGCUCUUAUGGUGUUGAUGGACAGUUUACCAGCCUCCUCAACAAUCUGAAUUUCUACGUCCUUCCAGUCCUGAAUGUUGAUGGAUAUGCGUACACCUGGAGCACAAACCGUAUGUGGAGAAAGACUCGCUCCGUUAACUCCGGUAGCACUUGCAUCGGAACUGAUCCCAACAGAAACUUUAAUGCUGGAUGGUGCACUGUUGGAGCUUCUUCAAGAGCCUGUGAUGACACAUAUUGUGGCACUACACCUGAGUCUGAGAGGGAAACCAAAGCCCUUGCUAACUUCAUCCGUGCUAACCUUUCCUCCAUCAAGGCUUACCUGACCAUCCACUCUUAUUCCCAGAUGUUGCUCUUCCCCUACUCCUACACCUACUCUCUUGCCAAGGACCACACUGAACUGAACAAUGUUGCCAAGGGAGCAGUUGAUGCAUUGACUUCUUUAUACCGAACUAAAUACACCUAUGGUGCUGGUGGAACCACAAUCUACCUGGCUGCUGGAGGUUCUGAUGACUGGGCUUAUGAUGUAGGUGUCAAAUUCUCUUACACAUUUGAGCUGCGUGACACUGGAAGAUAUGGCUUUGCUCUCCCAGAAUCUCAGAUCAAGCCUACUUCUGAAGAAACUCUGCUGGCCGUGAAAUACAUUGCCAAUUAUGUCCAGAACAAUGCCUAGAUGAAAUGUAUUAUUCCAGUUUCAAACCAGGAAAGAAAGAUUAUCCAUUUUCUAUUUGUGUUUGUUACAAAUGUUGUAAUUUUGUACUUUCUUGGUUUUAAAUACCAAUUGGAAAAAUGAAUGUAAAUGACUGAUAAGGAAAAAUAGAAAUUAAAGGACUGUCAGU